AUGAUGGGCCAGAUCGGACGUUUGGGCCGUGUCCUGGGUCGCAGAGGCCUCAUGCCCAACCCACGCACGGGCACCGUGGUCCAACAGAACGACAUUCCUCGCGCAAUCCGCGAAGCCAAGGGCGGCCGCGUCGAGUUCCGCAUGGACCGCUCCGCCAACCUGCAUAUGCCCAUCGGCAAGCUCAGCUUUGAGGAAGACGCGCUGCUGCAGAACCUGCGGCGAUAG